UUACCGGAAGUAAUUUUUGACAAGCAGUCGACAAGGCUAUUUUGACAGACUUUUAUUCCUUUCAUCAUCUGAAUGGAUGCAAAUGGCAGUGGCAGUUCCACUCAAGUAAGCUUUGUUUGUCAAAGAUGUCGACAGCCUCUGAAGCUUGAUUAUUCGUUCAACACACUUGACCCACAGCUUAUCCAAGAGUUGACCACCCCCUUAGUUCAUAAGCAAGAUGCAGAUGAAACAAUAAACAUUUUUAAAGACACACAGCAUGAGAAUGAGAAGGAAACUGAAGCAAUAUCAAGAAGAACAAUUUCACCAAAUUUUCCUGUCUACGAUGAAGAAGACACCGAUUUUUUACUGCUUGGAGAGACUGGACCAGAAUCACUUGGUGUUUUGGGACACAAAAUUAAAGUUUCUAGCAUACUUUUUGACAUUAUGUCAGGCCAGUCUGAGGUUGAUCAUCCUUUAUGUGAAGAAUGUACAGAUACACUGCUAGACCAGCUUGAUCAUCAACUUAAAAUUACAGAAGAUGAAUGCAAAGAUUACAAGGAUUUCUUAGAAAAUUUGAAUACAAAACAAGAAAAUAUUGAUGAUAAUGCUCUUGAUGAUGAAUUGAAACAACUUAAGUCUGAAGAAGAAGCACUGAGACAGCAGCUUGAAGAUGUUGAAAUAGAAAGAAUUAAAAUUACUGAAAAAAUAGAAGAAGAGAAGAAAGUUUCAAAAACAUUAGAUGAUGAAGAAGAAAAAUAUUGGAAAGAGUAUAAUGAGUAUAAACGUCAAGUUCUUUCUUUAGAAGAUGAGCACAGGAGUGUAGAUAAUCAAUUGAAAUAUGCACAAAUGCAGCUAGAUAGACUCAAGAAAACAAAUGUCUUCAAUGCAACAUUUCAUAUUUGGCAUAGUGGACAUUUUGGAACAAUUAACAAUUUUAGACUGGGUAGGCUUCCAAGUGUACCUGUUGAAUGGCAUGAAAUUAAUGCAGCUUGGGGACAGACUGUCCUACUCUUACAUUCCUUGGCAAAGAAGAUGAACUUGACAUUUCAAAGAUACAGAUUAGUUCCAUAUGGAAAUCACUCAUACAUAGAAUCCUUGACUGACAAAUCCAAAGAAUUGCCUUUAUAUGGAUCAGGAGGAUUUAGAUUCUUUUGGGACUCAAAGUUUGAUCAAGCAAUGGUUGCUUUUCUUGAUUGUCUACAACAGUUUAAAGAAGAAGUAGAAAAAGGAGAUACAGGAUUUUGUCUUCCUUAUAGAAUGGAAAAAGGAAAAAUAGAAGAUAAUAGCACAGGGACAUCCUAUUCAAUUAAAAUACAGUUCAAUUCUGAAGAACAAUGGACAAAAGCCUUGAAAUUUAUGUUGACUAAUUUAAAGUGGGGGUUGGCAUGGGUUUCAUCACAGUUUGCCAGCAAGUGAAAACAAUGUAGUUAUUAUUAAUUAUGUUGACUAUAGGAAAAAAAUCAUCUUUAAAAUGUGUAUUAUUUGGUUAGGUUGAUAAAUCUAUAUCUUCAGUUUGUGCUAAUAUACAUGUACAAAUGUAGGUCAAUCUGGCUAUACAACUACAAGACUGAAGCUAAAUCAUGCUUCAAAAAUUUGUUAAUGAAAUUUCAGUUUAUCACUUAUUAUUAAGAAGUGAUAUCUCAAACAUUACAACCACUUGAUGUUAAGCAACCAACAAUCAAUCAAUCAAACAUUGCAGACAUGAAUUAGAAGUGCUGCAGCAUGCUGAAUAUAGUGUGCAAUAAUUUUUGUGUUUAACCCACAAGGACACAGUUAGCAGAUUAAAUUUUUUUUAAUCAAUGUUUUUUUUUUUUUAUUUGUGUUUACUGUCUUGGGGAUUUUUCAGGAUAUGGAUACUAUCCAUUGGAUAGUAAAAUGCACAUUCCUAGAAAACAGAAAUAUUGAUGCCAACAUAAAAUAUGUUAAUAAUGUAAUACAAAUAAACUGUAAAUACAAAUUAAAAAAAAAAUUGAUUAAAAAAACUUUAAUCUGCUAACCAAGUCUCUGUGAUUUUACCAUGAACAAAAUACUCACAAUAAAUCUCAACUACAAUGUA